AUGUACCCGGCCUUGACUUGGAUUCGCGCUGCCAUGAUGAAAGUCCCCAUGAGACGUGAUGGUACCGAUAGCGAACUGGGUGAUGACUACGAUCCAGACUGGGAGUCGUACAUUGCGAAGUCUAAAGCUGGUGACAAUGGGAAGGCCCGCGAAAUGAUGUGUUCCAAUGUCGCGGACUCGGACUUGAGUAUCCAGGAUGAAGACCACCGCAGAAAUGGUUCACUUUCAGUGACAGAUGCAGUCCAUUAUGUUGUGUACAGCACGUUGCCAGUUCCAUCGCCUUUGCAGUAUACAAGUGACUUGACACCUGAGUCCGACACGGAAUCGAGCCACAGAUCAGAGACGCCAAGUGUCGCCGAGUCUGGCGUGGAGAUGAGCUCCUGCGAUGCCCUUACCAGUUCCUCUGUAUCGCCAGAGCCUGAGGACAAAGAGCUAAGGCCUAACGGCCUUGAGUAUGUCUAUGAACGCGACUCCUUCGCUGAAGACCUAGGUCCCUCAAAGCAAGUGCCUACCGAGCCGCUAGAUCAAUGCCCGUCCAAAACACUCACGACACCCAGUGCUGCUGAGGCGAAGUCGAUUGCCAUACCACUGAGUUAUGAGUCCGAGCAAGAGCUUGACGAUGCAAGCUACUUUGACGUACUAGAGCAUAGCUAUAAAGAGCUUGGGCCUAGGGGCCUCGAAUGCACAUUGGAAUCCAAGAUUCUCAUACAAGACCUCGUUUGCCCAGAUGAAGUCAAGGAGCCUCAGUCAAUGAAGGCGAUCGGAUUUUAUGACGAGUUUCGCCUGGCCAAGUACAGCAAAUCUUGCCGCAAAAGUUCUGAGCACAAGUCGGAUGUGUUCAGGUUGAAAUUUGAGUUAGAAACGUCGCCUAUGUCCAAGGAUGCGACUGUACUGCCAUCUAGCAGAGACUACUACCUUACAUAUGCGCGAGGAGAGCGUGUCUCAGAACAGGCAAUGGCAACGGAUGUCUUAUGUCGAAGUAAGGUCGAGCCUAUGUCCCCCAGCAUGAGCCCACGCCACAACGUGUUUAUUCCCAAACCGUUGUUACUGGUUGAACAUCUCAUCCCAGCCAAGGCAACCAGAGUAGUGCCGGCCAUAUUACUUGAUCAAGAUUAUGCCAAGUUACCCCCGCGCGCGCUGAUCCUUACGCCAGAGACGUGCAGAUCCAACCGGCCGAGGCUUAGUGAUAGCCAAAAUCCUAUUUCACAUAGUGCUCCAUGCCACUCAAAACCAGCCAUAGCAGUCGGCCAUGUCAAGUGCCCAGCUGGGACACGCUGCGAGCAUUCCGCUGAGCCCCAAGCCGAACCUCCGUCCAGAGCCGAGUCUGAGUUGGACCAGUUACUUAAUGACUUAGAGUCGUUCAUCGUUGAAGACCGUAACGACGCUGAGACCCCCGUUGAGCUUGGGGACACCAAGUCAUCGAGUCCAGAGGUGACUCGCGCAAUGUUCUGGUCUUCAAAUCAACCACUGCAUGAGUUGUACGAUGUCAACCAAGAUAUUGAAGUACCCGACAAUGCUAAAACGUUGCAUGUUGAGCCUGAGCUGGAUGAAGGCUAUAUCCCGCUGCCCGAGAAAGACCCAGAUAAGGCCUUAGAGGCACAGCACGGUCUGGGCAGCCAGUCGGCCCCACUUGUGCGUGAGCCUGGAACAAACCCAGAGGCCCAGCACACCCAGGUCACCGAGUUCCCCGGUGACACCCACAUACUCGCGAUGCCGGAGGGCAUCUUUUCCCAAACUGCCGUGGAGUUAGAGGCCAAGCUUAAAGAGGUAAGGCCUCCCGGCCUUAACACACCUAUGAUGUCCAGGACAUGCGCGCUUGUAGACCGCUUCACAGGCACCCCAGCUGUAGCAUGGAAGUCCGAGUCCAGAUGCGAACCAAGACGUAGCGGCCAGCUCAAGACUAAAGAGCUCAAGCCUCCCUGGCGACGCUGAGAGCAUGCCCACCCCAUGUGCACAUA